AUGCAAGAUACAGAAUAUUUUGACGACUUAGCAGAAACUUUGACAUCUGACUUUUACAACCACUUGUUCUCAUAUUUCAUGACAUUAGAUAUUUCAAAGUUCAAUCCAAGACAAAUUCCACAUACCGAAGAGAGACAAACAUUGUUAGAAGCAAACAAGAGUGUAUAUGAACUGUUCAUAGAUGAGACUAACUUUGAGUGUUUAGAUGAAAGGUCAUUGUACGAUUCGUAUAAACAAUAUUGUCAAGAAUAUGGUUAUAUGACAGCGUCUAAACGUACAUUCUUGGCAAAUGUCAAAAGUCUUUUAGAUGUUCAGAAUGGUGUAUAUACAAAGAAAAAUUUUUAUGAGUAA